AUGUGUGGAUCAAAUGAUUAUGGUUAAUUGGGUUUGAAUUGUUAUGAAAUUGUAAGUGAAUUAAUUGAAAUAUUUUAGUUUGUUCCUUAAUAAGUGUUAUGUUUAGACAAAUAUGAUAAAGUCAAAUGUGGUAUAACUCAUACGUUAGUAUUAAAUAAUGGACAAGUUUAUUCUUUUGGAUCUAAUAAAAAUGGAGAAUUAGGAAAUGGCAAAUAAUCAAUUUCAUAUAAUUAAUUAAAACCAUUGAAGAUAUAAAAUGUAAAUAAGAUAUAUGCAUCAAAUUUUUCAGCAGCUAUUACUUCUAAAAAUGACUUAUAUUUAUGGGGAGUAUUUAAUUAAAAAAUAAAUUAGUCUGGAAUAUUUGGAGAAUUUGUUACACCUACUAAAAUUGAUUUUCCAUAAUAAAUUAAAAAAAUUAAACUUAGAAAUGGAUUUGGUUGCAUUUUAGAUGAAGAUGGAUAAAUUUAUUCUUGGGGUAAAAAUUCUUCAGGGGAAUUAGCUUAAAAAGAUUACAUUCCUAGAACUGAUAUUUAACAUAUAAAAUAGCUAAAAAGUAAAUAAAUUAAAACAUUUGAUUGUGGUUUUAAAUUUGUUGUAUGUAUUAGUUAAAUUUAAGAAAUAUCCAUAAAUUAUGAUUAGAUUAUCAAAGAAAAUGAUCAACUUAAAUAAAAAUUAUUAUAAAUGGAAACUAUUUUUAAAAAUUAAAAAAUCAAAUCUUAAGCUGAUUUAUAAUAUACAAUGUAAUAAGAAUGUAAAAGCUUUGAUUUAGGAAUUAUUUAAGAUUAAUUAGAAUAAAAAUAAAAAAUCAUAUAAGAAUAAGAAAAAAUAAUAUAAAGUUAAAAGAAUAGAAUAAUAUAUUUAGAAUCUCAACUUUAUUAUCCUCAAAAUAAAGAGAAUAUGAAUCAAAAUUCAGUUGCAUAUGCAUAUAAAAAAGAUGUUAAAAAUUAAAAUAAUCUAACAUUUGAUUUUUAUAAUUAAUGA